AUGAAUAGUCAAAAUACCUCGAAACUUCCUUCCAAACCUUCCCCCUCCGUUGGCGAUCCUACCCUCGCCGGCUUUACCACUGGCCACAAUGAUCCCACCAAAAAUGUCCCCGCUGCACGCGAACACAAAGACGCCACCUCUAAAACGCACAGCGCCGGCGGCGAUGGAGCCGAGACCGUAGCGGACCCGGACACCAUGGAGAGGAAGGGCAAAGUGUCAGGCCUUGCCGCGGGGAUCCACGGGGCCGGCGAGGUGCUGCGGGGCAAGGCCGGGGAGGUAGUUGACCGGGCGGCGAACGACGAAGCCGGGGCGGAGAAGGCCGAGCGGAUCCAGCGCGAAGGAUGGGAAGAGCUGGAUACAGGCAGGUUUAGCCAGGCCACGAGGGAGAGAGAGCUUGGGGACCCGUCGGCCGGCCGGCAUAAACAUUGA